AGGAAUGACUUACUGAUGGUGUGCCGCCAGCUGAAUAUGGAGGAAUCUGUCAUGGAGAUCAUGCACCAGCUGGGAGCAGACGAAAAUGGAAAAAUUUCCUUCCAGGAUUUUAAUCAGUGCCGAAUGGAACUGGUGCAAGAAAUCAGGAAGGAGGAAGUGGAGCUUUCUGUGAAACUGGAUGACUCUUGUAAAAAGAGAAAGUUAAGGGAUAGGAUAGCUUCCUGGCCAACUAGCAGCAGUAACAGUUUAGGUGCCUUAUCAGGAGCCAGAGAAAGCUGCGAGUAUGAUUCAGGAGCAAGAGACCUUCAGAGUCCAGACCUUCAGAGUCAUUUUACACUACAAAAGGUGUUGCAAUAUGAUGGAAGCAAAGUGACUCAACAGACUGCUCUGCGAAGACUCCUAGCUCAGACGUCAAAUUUUAGCAACUCUGUUGGAGGGAGCUACUUAGAACUUGCCAACACU